AGAUGUCGGUGAAGCACCUUGACAUUGGUUGGCACCCGCUAGAUAACAAAUUGAAUCAUCAAAGCAUUUACAUGGUAAAUUAUGGACACAUCUAGUGAAUCGGAAUCAUGGGACAGGUCGCAGAGACAUAGCUUUAAGAGGGGUGAAGCUCACUUCAGACCUAACAGGGACAGUGGAAGUAACAGUGAUCAAGCAGGACAUAUCUCUAAGAAAUUCAAAAACCUUACAGAAACCUUACAAGACAUGAAAAGACAAUUGUCCAAAGUAGACCAGAGGCUAGAGCUGUACAGGGACAAGACUGAAGUCACGUCAAUGCUCGGAGAAAUCCUGAAGGAGUCAAACAACUCAACAUCAGAGAGACAAGUUUUAGAACUGAAAAGAGCCAUGGAUGAGAUGAAGGAGAGGGACCAACUCAGUAGGGUGGAGAAAUUGUCAUCAGAGCUAGAAGAAUUGAGGGAACUACACAACAGAGGGCAGAUGGAGAGAGGGGAGAUGGAGGCAUCACUCCUGGAGUGCAAGAGCAGCAGAGAUGAAAUAAAAAGCAGGGCCAUUAAGGCUGUGCGCCACUGGACGGCAAAGUGCAAGAGAAUUCAGGCUCAAUUCCAAACUGAGAAGGCUUUGCAGGCAGCCAGGGAAAAGAGCUUUCAAGACCAAGUUAAGGUGCUGAGCCAGCAGACACACACAAUUCACACAGAUGUCAAUGAAGUCCUAAGCUGUUUGGCCCAGCACAAGGAAGAGCUCAAACACAAAGACUUGUCACUGAAGCAGGAAACACAGGAGUUAAGGGAGACCUUAGCUGCCCUGAAAGAAGAGAAUCAGAGUCAGGCUGCCCUCCAAGCAUGGCUAAUGGAGCACCAGAGGCUGGAGGAACAAACUGACUCCCAAGUCUGUUGUUGUCAAAGAUACCAGGACAUGCCAGUUGAAUUCCAGGCCAUCCUGAAGAAGAUGACCCCAGCCCAUGCUCAGGUAGCUCAGCGGUUAGCUAAGGAGGAUAGCUGCAGGAAGGAGCUCCAGAGAAGCUCUUCAGAGCUAAAAGGUAAACUGACAGUGGUACUGGAGGAGCGGGCUGCACUGGAGCAACAGCUGCAGCUUGAGAGAGAGAUGCAUCAGAGGCAAGUGCACAACAUGAAGGCAAUGAUGGAGGACAGCAGCAUAAAUCGGGAUCAUGAAGUGCAGGCUAAAAUGCGGUCACAUUUGAAGAAGGUUAAGGCAUGUGGAGAGAAAGACAAGGAGCUGUGUGGGGUGCUCCGUGCUAUGUUAGCAAGGACACAGGAUGAGUCUGAUAAGAUGGCAGUGCAGCUGAGGACAAAAAAUGAGGCAUAUGCACUUCUGCAAACAAAAUGCCAACAACUCCAACAGGAACUGGAUGACAAAAUUAGUUCAAGUGAUCAGAGGUAUAUUUCAGAACUGGAGGAGAAGUUGUUACAGAAGGAAGAACAAAAGGAAAAAAUCCUUGCCAUCAUUGGUGAGGAACUGGAUGCAACAUGCUGCAGCUUGGCUAAUAACAGUAAAUACAAACAGGCAAUAUCACAGAGCCCUACAUUAGUGAAAAACAUUCCUCACUGGCUUGCAGAGACAAUGGCAAAGCUACGCUGGCUGUGUGAGGAGGUGCAGGGGUGUGUCACAAGAGAACAGUGUCUGAAGAAGCAGCUACAGCAAACCAGGGAUCAGUUGGACCAACAGAAGAACCUGAACCAGUCCACUAGCAGUGAAAGAGAGAGCUGGUGUACAGAAGUUUAGGAAAGAGGAAAAAAUUGGGGUUCUUCUGGACCACUUUGAGUCAAUUCCUGAAAAACAUUAUCUGAAGGACAAAUUAAAUGAUUUGAAGGAGUUCAUUAUAAUUAUAAUCUUGU